AAUGUCAGAUCUGACAUUACAAAACAAGUCAAUAUCAAUAAUAACAAAAAAAAUUUGCUACAUAAUUUGGUGAAAAUAUUACAUUAUUGGAGUUUUCAGGUGAACAAUUAUGCCUGCAGCUGUACCAGAAAAUUCUAAUACAGCUAACGAAGAUGACCCUAACAAAGCAGAGCAUUCUGAACAAAUGUGGAAAAUUUUGAAAGCCCAUAUUCUUAGAGAAAGGGCACGAAAAAAACAAGAAAGGGAAGCUGAAGUUGAAGAGGAAAGAUUACGAAAAGAAAGAGAAGCGAGAGAACAGCAAAAUGUAAUGACUUUGGGUGAGACUAGAGAGCAAUUAUUACAGCUAGAAGCUAAAUUACAACAAUUGAGGGACGAGAAACAUCAGCUUUUCUUGACGCUGAAAAGGGUAUUGAAUGCAGAUGAUAAUAAUCGAAAAAAGCAGAUGGUAAAGGAAACAGCCAGUGAUAUUUUAACUCUACAAUCGAUACCGCAAGGCUUAGUUCAUCAACAGCAAGUUUAUAUAACUCCGGCAUCAGUUCCUAGGGCACCGAUGCCUCAACAACAACCACAACAAGGAUUCAAACCUUGCACAAAAAGACCUAGAAGUCCAAGUCCACCACCUUCUAUACCUGUUUCAUUAUAUCAUCAAGGAUACAGUAGUUAUAAACCUUCUGUAGGAUCAACGCCUUAUCAAUCAUCACCUCAAAGUAAGUGGUGUUUGAUGAAUCCAUUAGAAGAUGACGGAAGACGUCAUGAAUUAGUACGUGCUGUACUAUGGAACAAAACUCAACAACCUUGUUUCUAUCCACCUUCGGACCUGUCAAUUUUUUAUACCCAACCUCAACAAGGACCCAUGCCCAGUAGGGAACCUCAAAGGUGUUCCUAUGAACCUAGUAGAGCUCAGACUUAUCACCUAGAAGCCAAAUUGACAGACCAUUAUGGGCUAAGACCCCCUAAUUCCCAUAGCCACAUCAUACAUGGUGGUGCUUUGGCUAUCAGUUCUCAAGCACCUCCAAAGACAGGAAGCAUAGCUACAGGUUAUCCUGUAAGAAGUCAGACACAGUAUCAACAAGUUCCUACAGCUGCCCCUGCACUUUAUACUGCACAAAAUAGGCCUUUAUAUCAGUCUCCUGGAACACCUAUGAGCUACAGUCAAAGAGAAUAAGUGGAUUGAUCGUAAUUCAAUAAGAUAUUGAAUUUUCGAUUUUAUGAAUACAUAUGUAAUAGAAUUCAAGAAUAAGAAUCCGGAAAUUUUGGAAAUAGAAAUACCUUUCUGAAUGAAUAUCAUUCAGAUUUUCAGCAUUUCUUUGUAUAUCAAAUUCAGUAUAAAAGACAUUUUUGAAAAAUUUGGAGAGGGAUGGUACAAAAAACGAAAAAUAUAAAUUUUCUGUUUUUGAAGGAUCCCAAUUUCAAUCAAUAAGAUUUUAAACCAAAUGAGACUAGAGAAAUAAGGUAAAAAAAAUUAUAAAUACCUAUAUAAUUCUUAAGUUACUUUUCAACUAGUAUCGAGAAUUUCAUCUUCAGAAUUAAUUGAAUUGUUUAACCUUUGAGAAAAAAUUGAAGAAUACAAAUCUUUCUAAUAUAAAAUAUACUCUGUAAAUAUCAAUUAACAAAGAGCUGAGGGGGAAGGGUUUUACUUACAUCUUGUUUAUAAUUUCAAAACUGUAAAAAAGAUUCUUGAAUAUACAAUAUGAAUGAAA